AUGCGCGUUAUUGGAGACACGGCCGGCGGGCUCUCUGGGGGAACCUUCAAGCUUCUGAGCGCACCCGUAAAUGGCCUUUCGUCCAUACUUGAUGCGGCCAGUCGCGGGGUGAAGGCGCACGUCAGCCCGGCGAACGCGCAACCACCCACGCUGUCAGCUGACCCCGCCAGAAGCCACGACGCCGGUGGUGGGCCAGCUGCCGGUAGUUCCUCGGCUUCUCCUGACGACUCUGGCGAGGAUACCGCGCCGGGGGCAACGGGUCAAACAGGGAGGUCCAGCAGCCAAGGUGGUGACCCCGACCCGUUCGAUCGAAUCGGCAGCGUAGCCCUCACCUCUCUGGCCGGGUCCCUGAAGCUCCUCAGCGCCGCCGUUGGAGGGGUUGGGGACGCAGUGUUUCAGGCGGGUGUGCUGGCGGAAGGGCUGGCUGGGGGCACGGGCCAGGUGGCGGAGGACACCGUUAGAGUCGUGCAGAGGUUCGUUGGUUGGGCCAGGGAUGACAUGGUCAAGCUGAACAACCGGAGAGGCCAGGGUGGCCACCACGACGUUAGGAAAAACGUGGACGCACCAGGACCUGGGAAGCGGCCACCACCAGCAACACCACCCGUAGGCGUCCGCACGCCCGAACCAGCCCCUCACGCCGCCGAAAAGGACGGCUUCACGCCGGACCCAGCCUUGGUCUCCGACGGGCUGAGCGUUCUCGAGGCGUGGGAAGGCGUUCGUGACCUCGGGCGCCUGGCAGUUGAGGCCUUGGUCCGGCAGGCGGCGGGCCUCUUCCGCCUAAAGAACGGGGCCCUGCCCCCCGCUCCCCGUAUCGCGGCGUUGAUUCUCCUGACGGUUUUUAUCUACGAUCGACGACGACGACAGCGAGGACGCCACCAACCGCCGCCGCCGCCACCACCGCCGCCGCCGUCCCCGCGAGAGCCCCAGCGCAGCUCCGUGGCGCGGCGAGACUUGCGCGAAAGGGGCGACGGGAACCGAGGGCCGCCCUCCACUGCGGUGGCGUUUGACCUGGCGGCCAGCCUGCACUCGCCCUCCCGCUCUCUGUUUUCGAGGCUGCGCCAGGCGGCGGGCACGCCCCCGUUGCGAGCGCCUGGCUCGCCUUGGACGAGGAGGACGUACGAGGUCGUCCCGCAACCGGACGGGGUUGAUCCGUCGCUGCCGUCCCCCGCACAGGAGAGAGAGCGCGACAGAGCGGCGUGGUUGGCAUGGGACGAGGGUUACCGUCGAGGCCAGGCGUCGCGGGCUCUCGAUCCCGCCGCGGAAGCCGAAACGACGGCGUGGCUUAACCAUAUCCUCGCCAGCGCUUGGGGGGGCACGAAGCGGGUGGUGCCGACAGGAUUUGCCGGCGUCAACGGUAUCGCCGGUGGCCGCGAUGUACACGGCUGUGUCGUCACCGGCAUGCUUGCCGCGGAUGGACUGAGCUCUUUCGUCGCUGAGCACUUGACGGAGGGGUUCCUAGAAGUGCUGGAAGAAAUGAAGCCCACAAGCGUUGUUGGGGUCGAGCUUCUAGACGUCGAGCUCGGCUCCUCCGCUCCACAGAUCCUGGGGAUUACGAUGCUCGACCCGACCUCGUCGGCGUCGCCUGGGUGGGGAGACGGUCGAUGCAACCACGAAGGCGAAUGCUUGUCGUUCAGGGUGGACCUGGAAGUUGCUGCGCCGGACCUCCGCGUGGGCGUGAGAGUGAAGGUUUCCAGCCUGGAGAAGGCGUUGCUACCGACGGGGACGGUCAGGUUGCUGGAGCUGUUUUUCCGCGGGAGCAUGUCGGUUCGGGCGGAGUUGCGACCCGAGUUCCCUUUCGUGAAAACGGCGCUCAUCGCGUUUGACGACCCUCCAGAUGUCCAGAUAAAGCUGGAACAGUGGGGGCUCGACGCCUUGAGUCUCGGAACCGUGCCUGCCGCUGUAGACGAGUGGGCCCGGAUGGCCUUGCAGCAGGCAAUAUCACCGUACGUGAUGCCCGGGUUCAUCGAAGUCGAUGCGGCCAGCGCCAUCUGUCCUGAUUGCCCGGAGGUACCCGCAGCAAGGAAAGCGGAGAAGCAGCAGCAGGGAAAGGCCGGAGGCAUCGACAUCCGUCUGCCUUCUUCCCGCCUGCCGGCCGCGACGGCGGCGACUUUCGCGAAGGGCAGGGAGGCCGCCGCUGGGGGAAAGGUCAGCGGGCGAAACGUGCCAGGCAAGGACAGGGGCAACCGUGGGUUCGGCAACAAGAACGGCAAAAACGCCGACGAGCGGAAACCCGGGAAGUUCUCGGGACAGGACAGCGGCCGUUUCCCGACGGCCGCCUCCGCCUUCGAAGGAGACGGCUUGGUUGGGCGUGGGGGACGAGCGGCUGCCAUGGCCAACUUGUACGAGCACAGGGGUGGGAUGGGCAGGGUUGUGCAGUGGUUGAAGGACCGCCUGACGAACUUCGUUAUCUCUUCGAACGAAAUUCCGACGGAAACCGAGGGUCGUCACGUGAUGGAUUGGCAAGGGAUGGAUUGA